AUGUUACGUCUGCUUUUCGCUCUCGUCGUCAUCGGAAUCACUCCACCAGGAGUGGAGCCCUCCUCAGUGCCGGUGAAACUCUGGAUGGAUCAGAUCGUCCCCAGUUCGUCAGUCUACCAAUCUGCAAAUGUGGUGUGCCCGGAUAUGCCAACACCACCGCAUCUGAAAAUUGAACCAGUACCAAAACCUAAAGGACACCUCAUUGGAAAAGGAAGCGAUUUAGUAUCGGUUGAAAUAUAUACCUCCGUUAAAUAUUUUAAUGGGGAUUACAGAUUAUUUAUUAGAGAAUACUCGGAACUCCUCGGAGAAUUUGGACACUCUCUGGGGUGGAGAAACGUGGAAUAUCAUUACGUUGCCUACAACUUCGAGAUCAAGAAGACCAUCUGUAAAAAGGUAUUACUCUGGCUGCAAGAAGUCGUGAACAGCUCGAGCUUCUUCAAAAAGUUUGUCACGACCGGUAAAAAUGGACUGGACUGCAACUACUCGAUGCCAGCAUAUCACCAGCACAAACAUCACAGGCUCGAGUAA